UGUGCAAAAUAUCCUUACAUGGACCAAUUUUAUGGACUAUUCUCAGCUUAUGCACCUCAAAUUUCGGUUUGUAGAAUAAUGCUGCCACUAAACUUGACAUCAGAUGAUGGACCAACUUACGUGAAUGCUAAGCAAUACCAUGGAAUCAUAAGGCGUAGGCAGUCACGUGCCAAAGCUGUUCUUGCCAAUAAACUCAUCAAACGUCGCAAGCCAUAUAUGCAUGAAUCGCGCCAUCUGCACGCAAUGCGACGGCCAAGAGGAUGUGGUGGCAGGUUCUUGAACACAAGAAACUCUGCCACCAACAAUGGAAAUGGCAAGAGUGUAAGUGAAGCAAACAAAAAAGGACUUGGCCAUCAAUUACAUUCUAGUGGUUCUCAGAGUUCUAAAGUCCUACCAUCCUCGGCUGGAACCUUGAAUUCGUUGAAGGAAACAAAUGGAAGCAGUCCUAACAUUUCAUCAGAGGUGACAAGCAUGUACUCAUCAAGAGGAGGAAUUGAUGGAUUUUCCAUCAAUCACAUUGGAACUCCUAUUCACUCCCUUGCAGAUAUGAUGGAUACUGGACAUGGAUGCAUGAUCGUGCCCCCGAAAUGGGUUUCGGCUGCGGCCGGAAACUGCUGCAACAUUAAUGUUUCAUCUGGCAAGGAUAUUUAGCGAGUUUUGGUGUAGCAUUGCACCAAAAUCCUCGUAUCCUUAUCAGGCCAGAUGGAAAAUGCUAUUUUCCUUUCUGGUGCUCGGGCAACUCAU